AUGGAUCUACCGGGCUCUCCACGGAACCGCACGCCUUUGGGUGAACUCCCAGUCAGGCAGGGUGUGUCACCGCAACAGAAUGGCACGGUUAUUGGAACGCCUACCCAGCGGAAUGCUUUAACGCCUCGGCUCGUCGAUAGCCCGAUGGCUAACAUCCUGGACCACAUACUCACGCCGACGGUUUCGCCUGAGGAAAUGAUCAUACGCCAACGUGGACGCCGCCGCCGGCAAGUCAUAUGGUCUCCAGACGGCAACGGUAGAACGCAACAUUCAUCGCCCGCAAAAACUCCCACGAAAGCCAGCACCGUAAUGACUCUGCGUAGCAGCCCACGGAAGCGUUCGCUCAUGCAGGAAUUUUCCGAGGUGACAAAAUUGACCGGACUCUCCUCACCAUUGAAACGAAGUCUUGCGGAAUCACCAGCUUCCAGUUCGAAGAAGUCAAGGGUACAUGAGUCAGCUAUGAACAGCCAGAACGAUGCCAUCCCGCUUGGCACAAUUCUCCAGGGUUACGGUCGGGAUCAGCUGAUUGCCAUAAUCGAGUCCAUGGUGGCCAGAGACGAAAAGCUCGAAGGUGCCAUACGAAGCGAAUUGUCACUGCCCGACAUUGGACCGCUUGACGCCGAGCUGGGACGAAUUAAGAAAAACAUCUAUGCCAGCGUACCGAACCAAAAGAUUUACAACAGAACUGACGGUCACGGGUUCCUGCGUGCCGCCACCCAUCUGGCCACGUUCAAGCAAACCGUGUUCAACCAAUCCCAAAGCCUGUGUAUCUCUCGGCAUUGGGACGCCCUGCUCGAUUACGUGUUGAUGGCGUGGACGCACGUGCGCGAAACUCCCGUCUACGAAAAUGAUCGCCACAAUGCCACACGUCGGUAUUGUUUCAAGCUGCUGUCUCACCAUGCAAACUGUGCCCUGAAGCACGGAGCCCUGGCACUGGGCACGAAACGGGUAACCCGACUUCAGCAAAAGCUGUCCGGAAUGGCGGCCGAUUGGCCAGAGAUCACCGAAUGCAGGAAUUGCAUUAGCGAUAUUUUAAAAAGUUGCUGCUAA